AUGCGGUUGUUAGCCAGAGCCAUUGGCAGACCACGGGUAUUUCCACGAAGUCGUGGCUUGGCUUCAGCCUCUUCUGUUGGAAGACGACAUUUGACCAACAAUGGCUUCUUCCGUGUCUCAGAAGAGGUGCGUGAAGCUCUACACUCCAAAAAGCCCGUGGUCGCGCUCGAGACGACCAUCUACACGCACGGCUUCCCAUACCCCGACAAUGUAGCCCUCGCAUCCCUUCUCGAAAGCGUAGUCCGUACAAACGGUGGUGUCCCUGCCACUAUAGGCAUUCUAGAUGGCGUCGCACGUGUAGGCCUGAGUCCAGAAGAACUCAUCAGAUUGGCCUCGUCUGCUGGGAAAUCAGACACGCUGAAGCUCUCCAGACGAGACCUCGGCUAUGUCUGUGGUAUGCGCCUCACCAAUACGCUGUUCAAUGGAGGUACUACCAUAUCCGGUACCAUGCUCCUUGCGCAACUUGCUGGUAUCAAAAUAUUUGGCACUGGUGGCCUGGGUGGAGUCCAUCGUGGCGCAGAGUCGACUAUGGACAUAUCUGCGGAUUUGACCGAGCUUGGUAGAACACCAGUGACUGUUAUUUCUAGCGGCUGCAAGAGUUUCCUUGAUAUACCCAGAACCAUUGAAUAUCUCGAGACAGAGGGUGUUGGUGUUGGUACCUUUGCAGAUGGCCGGUCUGGCAAUGUAGACUUUCCUGCCUUCUGGUCCAGGGAUAGUGGCGUGAAGAGUCCUACCACAAUAGCAAAUGAGGUCGAGGCUGCGGCGAUAAUUCACGCACAACAUCAACUCCAGAUCACGUCUGGUCUGCUCUUUGCGAACCCUGUGCCCACAGAGUUUGCCAUUCCCAAAGAUAAGAUGGAUGUCAUCAUCGAGGAAGCGCUACGCCAAGCUAAUGCAUCCAACAUCUCUGGUAAAGACAACACUCCCUUUGUGCUUGCUAAGAUCAAGGAGCUUAGCAAAGGCAAGAGCAUACCUGCCAACCGAGCUUUGAUCGAGUCCAACGUCAAGCGCGCCACCAUUGUAGCCCGAGAGCUCGCCAUUUUAGAGUCCAAACAAGAAGAAGCCCGAGGAGGUACUCCUUUUUUCACUCCACUUCGAUCAAGUUCUGCUUCUACUGUCGAUGACCUUUUGAGCAAUGCAUCUUGGUCAGGAACAACUACCCCUGCGUCUUCAAUCUCAAGUGCUUCACCAAAGCCUGAUGUGGUUGUAGCAGGUGCUCUCGCAGUUGACUUUUCGUGUGAUUAUGCUCCUUUUGACAACUCGACGAGUCACACCGACCCUGUACCACAUACUUCGAACCCUGCAGUGAUCAAUCAGACGCUGGGCGGUGUAGCUCACAAUAUCGCAAAAGCUGUACAUCUGCUCGGCUCCAAUGUUCGUCUUCACAGCGCUGUGGGGGAUGACUUGAGCGGUCGCGCUGCAGUCAGCCAAUUGCUGGAGGAAGGCAUGUCCACCGCUGGCAUUGAAACACUGCCCAAGCCUGCACGAACAGCGCAAUAUGUCGCCGUCAACAACGCAAACAAAGAUCUCAGCCUCGCUAUGGCAGACAUGUCAAUUUUGGAAAACUUUUCACAAGAGAAGAUCAGCACGACCAUCUCGUCGACUUUAUCAUCUCAGCCUUCCGUCUUCGUAGCAGACGCAAACUGGUCUUCCACUGCUCUACACACCUGGCUUCAAGCCUUCCGCCACCCUUCCACAACCACGAUCUUCGAGCCUGUAUCAACUGCCAAGGCGCUGCGCAUCUUCCCCUCCACAUCUUCUAUUUCUACCAAAGGAACCAAACCACACGUCUACCCCACCCCUCUUGCAGAUAUCAUAACACCAAACACGUACGAACUCACCGCCCUCCACUCUCAUGCCCUUUCAAACUCCCUCUUCGACACUCCAGAAUGGUUCGCCGUCAUCGACGCCCUCGGAAUCCCAUCAACAGGUCUCCGCGUGCCUCUUACCUACAUAACAAAUGCCGAUCUCGUCGACCAAGGCAUCCCCCAACAAGCCAUCAAGCUCCUCCCCUUCUUCCCCACCAUCCUCACCAAACUAGGCGCAAAAGGCGUGCUUCUGACCAAAUUACUACCCGCUGGCGCAACCGAAUUGACCAGCGAGUCGGAACGAGAAUUUGUUCUCGCGCGGAAUUGGGCUCCGGCCUCCAACAAGGAGGAUGACGAGGGCGCCGGUGUGGGUGGACUGUAUGUCCGCUUAUUUGAGCCGGAGAGGGUGCUGGGCCCGGACGAGGUGGUUAGUGUAAAUGGGAUCGGGGAUACAUUUUGUGGGGCUGUCGCUGUGGGGGUGGCGCGGGGAAGGCGGGUGCAGGAUGUGGUAGGGUUUGCUCAGCGGGCGGCGGGGAUUAGUUUGACCAGUGUGCAGAGUGUUGGGAUGGGUUUGAGGGGGUUGGAUAUGGGCAUGUGA